AUGAACACGGAGAUCCAGAAGCUUGUGAUCAGUAAUUUCCCGGAUCUCAAGGGCGACAAGGUUUCCGGCCAGCAGCGUACGACACCCGUCUCUACAGCCCCUCCGUCCGCUGAUGAAGAAGAGGAUCCCUCGGCGGAAUCGCCAGUAAGCGAUGGCGUCAGGCACGCUGCUGGAGAUGGAGACUUACCUGGGGCAAGGUGGAUGUAA